UUUUACUGGACUGCAUGGUCCGAAUACAUAAACUUUCUAUGCGACCUUGGUUUAUCGUUCUUAAAUAUUGCAACAAUGUCCGACCAGUUAUACAAAUAAACAAAUUCACUACUAUGUGUUCAUAAUCGUGACGCCCCCCACUACAUGCGUAGCAUUUUAAAAUUCAUUCCUUUUCUUUUUCUUAUUUUUGUUUGCUCAGAAUAUUUUGAAAGUUCGGUCCGAUUACGCGUUAACUGACGGUGCAAUCAAAGUUAUCCACGAUGGGUACCAUAGCUACGGAAAGACUGGACUUGGUAGUGCUUGGUGCAACAGGAUUCACGGGAAAACAUACGGUGAAGAAUUUGGUGAAAAUAAUAAAAGCAAACAAUUACAACUUCAGUUGGGGAAUCUCGGGGCGGUCGAAGGAGAAAAUUCAAAAUUUGCUGACUGAUCUGGAGGAAAUAGGCGAGGAAAAAACAAAAAUAACUGUAAUAGAAUGCGAUAUUAAGAGGGAUGACAUCAGGAACGUUACACGAAAGGCUAAGGUUCUCAUCAACUGUACUGGACCCAACACGAUUCUCAGCGAACCUAUAGUGAAGGCGUGCGUGGACACCAAAACGCACUAUGUUGAUAUUUCCGCGGAAUUAUAUCACAUGCUCAACUUACACAGAACGUUCAAUGAGAGCGCAGAAGAAGCUAACAUCGUGGUGAUUCCAGCUUGCGGGUUUGCAGUCAUUCCUGCCCUGACGGGCUUGAUGUAUUUGGAACAACAUUUUAAAGGCGAGGAAAAAACAAAAAUAACUGUAAUAGAAUGCGAUAUUAAGAGGGAUGACAUCAGGAACGUUACACGAAAGGCUAAGGUUCUCAUCAACUGUACUGGACCCAACACGAUUCUCAGCGAACCUAUAGUGAAGGCGUGCGUGGACACCAAAACGCACUAUGUUGAUAUUUCCGCGGAAUUAUAUCACAUGCUCAACUUACACAGAACGUUCAAUGAGAGCGCAGAAGAAGCUAACAUCGUGGUGAUUCCAGCUUGCGGGUUUGCAGUCAUUCCUGCCCUGACGGGCUUGAUGUAUUUGGAACAACAUUUUAAAGGAACAUUAAAUACAGUGGAAUGUUAUGCGGAAGUAAUCAUACCAAAGAGGGUCUAUUUCCCUGGCCUAAACAAAUGUAUACUCCACUAUGGUACUUGGGAGUCCCUAGUGCAUGAGUUACAAAAUUUGAAGGCAUACCGAAUACUGAAGGCCGAGACAUUUCCACAGAACAUCUAUGAUUCAGAUCUACCGGAGAUAAAAAGGUCGUUUUUCCACAAAGACCAGGGCAGGUUAUGGUUUCCAUACCCUGGGUCUGAUGAGGAUGUGGUAGAAAUGUCCCAAAGAUACCUUCACGAGAAAAAGGGCAAGAGAGCGUAUCGUUGCAAAAUCUACACCGCUUUGCCGGCAUGGUUUCAUUACAUGAUUAUCCCAACCAUGUUUAUUUACUACUACCUCUGCUACCUGGAGUGCUUCAGGCACCUACUGUGGAAGUACCCUCGCUUCUUCACGCUAGGCUAUGUGUCCCAUAAAGGCCCAACUGAAAAAAUGGCUAAAGAUAUAAAAUUCGCAUACACGUGCAAAGGGAAUGGGAUGGACGAAAAUGGUAAAAAAAAAUCUUUGACGGUCAAAGUAACUGGAAGUGACCCAGCAUAUGAAACUACAUCCAUAACAGUAGUUAUAGCAGCACUAACGAUCUUAACAGAGGGCUCGAAGAUGCCAAAAGGGGGAGUUCUACCAGUUGGUGCAGCUUUUCAAGACACACAAAUUGUCGACAAUAUUAUGAAAAAUAAAGGGCUCACUUAUGAAAUCAUAGACAAUAAAAUCAAAGAAAUUACUUGUUUACCUAUCGAAUAAAUUGUCGAUUUACAGUUAGAAGUUCAGUUCAUUUACAGUAUACAACCAGAAACGUAUAGUAUUUAUAUAUAUAGGUAUAUAUAGGGCACCUUGAGUGUUUAGUGUCUCAGAAACCUGCUGCAUACUUGUAGUUUGAACUGUGAAGUAAUUCUAGUCACUUCUAAAUGUAGUAUCAAUUCAGAAAAAAAAACUGUAUUUUCCCGAAAAGUGUAUUAAUGAGAAUUUAUAUAGGUUUUAAGAAGUGGCUUAGAACUACUAAGUUAUUUCUUUACCAUAAAAUCCCAAAGCAGCAGAGACGCCGAAUAAAAUUGCCAUAGAUAAGGUAGCAGCCGGUCUCUAUAUUUGGCCUCAUAGAAGGUCGUCUUCAUCCAUGGGUUCAAAGGUUCGCUAAGUACGUGAUUAUUAAUGUGAUUAAUUAGUAAAUAAGGAAUGAGUUAACCAAAGUAAAAGGAUGCAUUCUCAAAGAACGGAUAGCCGCUGGGAUAGAAAGAAAUAUUCUAAAGUGGUGACCUCGCACUAGAACACAUUAGGUACUGAGGCAAGCAUCUCACUCGGUGGACCGACAAAUAUUUUUAGUGUACUUCAGUGGAUGUCUUUAAAAUUAAAGUAAAUGCUAACUACUGUAGUUCUAAGUUGUGGGAGCAAGGAUAACGCCUGUGAUAACGCAUAAUAUUUACCGGUAGUAUUUUUUUUUAUUGAUGCAGCUUAGUAAUACAAUUCAUUGCUAGCGAUUAUUUUGGUCUAGAAACAAAAUUAUGUAAGUUUGUAUCUAUUUGGUUAAUUAUUUAAUUUAAUUUUAGUUUAACCCUUAACCAGGCCUAAAAAAAGUUUAGGUACCUACCUUUUGGUUUUCAACCGUAUCUUCACAGACAGGAUAAAGUUCAAAUUGAUAAGGGGUUUUGUGGAUACCAGACUGGUUAAGCGUUAUUGUGGUGGUAGUAUCCCCUGUGGCGUGGUGGUAGCGACCCUCUCUCGUGGUGUCUGCAGAAUACAGUGGCCGUAAUGUGCUCCCGAGUACGUUAUUUAUGGCCUCAUACUAAGCAGAGACCAAUUUGAUACAACUAAUAUACCUACUUUUUUUUUAUUUGUGUUGAGCGGCUACUCUAGUUCAAUAAAGUCCUAGUAUCACUGCGACCGUUAUCGAUCUAUUGUUAUCUACUUUUUCUUGCUCUUUAAGUUGAUUUGCAUCGUUGUAAUUUUGGUACCAAAUAAAUAUUUUUACUUUC